UUGAGGUUAUGUGUUGGUGGGUGUGCGCUGACGUCUAUUCGCUGUCUCGUUUGACUUUGGAGCCGCUGUCCUGAAUUUUUCGUUUUGGUUGUGCGUGUCUUUUUGAAGUCAGUACUCGGAUUGCUCAAAAACAAAAAUCAAUGAAGGAGAGAAGAGCCAGUGAGAAAUUAGUACUUAAAUCCAGGAUGGAUCCCAAUCAGAGUAUGAAAUGCAAAAUAGUGGUCGUGGGGGACAGUCAAUGUGGCAAAACAGCUUUGUUGCACGUAUUCGCUAAGGACUGCUUUCCAGAGAACUACGUCCCCACCGUCUUUGAAAAUUACACGGCCAGUUUUGAAAUCGACACGCAAAGAAUCGAACUCAGUUUGUGGGAUACUUCAGGGUCACCGUAUUAUGACAACGUGAGACCGCUCUCCUACCCCGACUGCGAUGCUGUUCUCAUCUGCUUCGACAUCAGCCGGCCAGAGACCUUGGACAGCAUCCUGAAGAAGUGGAAAGGGGAGAUCCAGGAGUUCUGUCCCAACACCAAGAUGCUGCUGGUGGGGUGCAAGUCAGACCUGCGCACGGACCUCUCAACGCUGGUGGGGCUGUCCAAUCACAGGCAGGCACCGGUGUCAUAUGAUCAGGGUUCGCACAUGGCCAAGCAGGUCUCCGCCCCCUACAUCGAGUGCUCGGCCCUGCAGUCGGAGAACAGCGUGCGCGACAUCUUCCACCUGGCCACGCUGGCCUGCGUCAGCAAGGGCAAGAAGACCGUGAAGCGCCACAAGUCCUCCCGCUCCACCGCCAAGCGCAUCUCGCACAUGUGCAGUCGCCCCGACCUGUCGUCCGUGGGGACGGACCUGCGCAAGGACAAGGCCAAGAGCUGCUCGGUCAUGUGACGCGGGAACGCCCCCCCGACGCUUUGGGUUUUUGCGGACGCCCGGGGGAGACCGAGCGAGAUGUUGAGGGGAACCCCCCUCAACGCACUCGAAGAUGUGCUCAGCGGCAGUGACUGUGGCGGUGAUGGGGGGGGGGGGG